AAUAUCUCCCAUUUGCGUGGAGACCACUCUCUCUGGAAAAAAGCCGUGUCGUCGUUGCCUAUUUCCCCAUCACAAGAAGAGAGAGAGAGAGAACCAGCCCUUUUAUUCCCUCUCUCUCUCUCUCUCUUCAAACGCACCAAUGGCUCUCACAUUAUCCUUUUCUUCCUCUCCUCUCUCUCCCUCUCUGCAACAAAAUAACCCAAUUUCUCAAUCUCGCCUUCUCGCUCGGAAAUCCCUGCGCCUUUUCGCCCCCACAAUUCGAAAAUCCGGUUUUCGGAAACUUUCUCGCUUCUCGGGGCAAUGGAAAUCAAAAUUACAGCAAGCUCAAGCGCCCAAAACCGGUUUUGGAGUAGAAAUAUCAGAGAAGCAGGUUUUGGUGGGUGGAGAAAGGGUUUUGUGUGAUGUUCCGGAAAAUGUUUUCUUAACGCCAUUUCGUGAUGGAUGUGGAGGGGGAGCUUUUCUUGGGGCGGACAUGGCCGAGGAAGGCAGUCAGGUUGUUAUCCCCAUUGGACGUUUGAGAAAUGUGGAGUUUCUGUCAUGUUUCCGAUUCAACAUUUGGUGGAUGAGCCAGAGGACUGGGGAUUAUGGAAAGGAUGUUCCCAAGGAGACUCAAUUCUUGUUGUUAAAAGCACCAUCGUCUAAGGAUGGAUCCUCAAAUUCUUACAUCUUCCUUUUACCUCUCCUCGAUGGUUCUUUCCGAGCGUGCUUGCAAGGUGGUGAAAAUGACGAGUUACAACUUUACAUGGAUAGUGGAGACCCAGCUAUAACCGCAUCAUCUUGGUCACAUGCCUUAAUCAUUAAAUCAGGGGAAGAUCCAUUUAAACUUAUUGAAGAGUCCAUAAUGGCUGCAGAGUCCCAUUUGCAGACUUUUCUUCACAGGAAGAAGAAGAAGUUACCUAGCAUAAUUGAUUGGUUUGGGUGGUGCACUUGGGAUGCUUUCUACACAGAAGUGUCUGCAAAAGGAGUCGAGGAAGGAUUAAAGAGUUUGUGUGAAGGUGGCAUACCCCCGAGAUUUUUGAUUAUUGAUGAUGGUUGGCAAUCUGUUGCAACUGAUGAAACAUCUAAUCAACCAUCAGAUAAUAUUCCCUUGGGCCGUUUGACUCAAAUAAAGGAAAACAAAAAAUUCCAGAAGCAUGCAGAGGCAAAUGGGAGUCCCAAAGAACCAACUGAGGGAAUUCAGCAUAUAGUAAAAAUAGCCAAGGAGAUGUAUAAUGUCAAGUAUGUGUAUGUUUGGCAUGCACUAGCUGGAUACUGGGGGGGCGUAAAGCCAAAUGUUGAAGGAACAGAGGGUUACGAUGCUAAGUUGCAAUAUCCUUUAGCAACUCCUGCAUCAUUCGCGAGGAUGGCAGAGAUUGAAUGGCUUUCAACCGAGGGACUUGGCCUCGUGCAUCCAUCCAAGGCUGCCAAGUUCUUUGACGAGUUGCACGCAUACCUUGCGGCCUCGGGUAUUGAUGGUGUGAAGGUGGAUGUGCAGAGUGUGCUUGAGACAGUCGCCUCCAAUAUGGGUGGCCGUAUUGGCCUUGCUGCACUAUACCAUCGUGCACUCGACGCCUCCAUUGCUCGGAACUUCAAGGAAAAUGGGAUAAUUGCAUGCAUGAGUCAUAGCGCUGAUGCUCUAUUCUUUUCAAAACAAACUGCAAUUGUAAGGGCAUCUGAUGAUUUUUACCCAAGGAAUCCCCUGUCGCACAGCAUUCACGUUGCUGCAGUUUCUUAUAACUCUGUAUUCCUUGGUGAAUUCAUGCAACCUGAUUGGGACAUGUUCCAUAGUCUUCAUUCUGCCAGUGAAUACCAUGGAGCAGCCCGUGCUAUCGGUGGUUGCCCUGUAUACGUGAGUGAUAAGCCUGGAGAGCAUGAUUUUGACUUGUUGAAGAAGUUAGUGUUGCCAGAUGGAAGAGUUCUACGUGCCCUACUUCCAGGCCGACCGACCCUUGAUUGCUUAUUUGUCGAUCCUACUAGGGAUGGAAAAAGCUUAUUAAAAAUAUGGAACAUGAACAAGUACACAGGAGUUCUUGGCGUGUUCAACUGCCAGGGGGCUGCAUGGGAUUUUGGUGAGAAGAAAAACAUGAAUAACAAUGCUGAUAAGGAUAUGAAUAGCAUGGCACUGGAAGGGAGAGUAUGUGGAGGAGAUGUACACCUUCUCAGAGAAGCAGCAGUAGGUGAAUGGUCAGGUUACUGUGCAAUCUAUUCUCAUAGGGGCUUGCUUGUAUGCCUUCCAGUAACCUCCGGAUUAAGCUUGAAACUCAAAGUGCUGGAAUAUGAAGUAUAUACCGUUACACCCAUUCAGAGAUUGGGAGCAGGUGUUUACUUUGCUCCUGUUGGCCUCAUUCACAUGUUCAAUUCUGGAGGAGCCAUUAGGAAAUUGGAAUAUCGAGCAACUUCGAUGGAAAAUGGAGACAUUGGAGGGGGUCAUGUGCUUGUUUCUGUAAUGGGAAGUGGGCAGUUCGGUGCCUAUGCCUCUACAAAGCCAAAAGCAUGUUGGAUAGACUAUGUACAAUCAGAUUUCACAUAUGAUGAAAACUCGGGUUUGUUGACACUACACAUGAAGCAGAAUCCAAAUGGGUUGACAUGGGAUAUUUCCAUUGAUUUUUAAAUGGAAAAUCUAAUGUUUGCUCCUAAAUAUUCUUGGAAGAAUGAAUUAAUUUUCGGCAUUCAUGUUGAGCAUCCCUGCCCAAUUGCAGGUGAAACUCAGGUUCUAAAUUAUGUGAUGUUGAAAUUCAGCUGUAUUUCUCAUUGAUUCAAAUUGUGAAGAACGUUAAUGAAAUUUGGAAUUAUAAGAUACACUUGCUUUUAGUUGGACAAUUUACACCAA